GGAUUUUCAUUUGUAGAUGUGUUUGAGUUAAUUGUUUUCACUUGUGGCUGAUUGAGUUAAUUAUUUUCUUUUCCAAGUAAUUAAAAAUUGUCUGAUUGUACUUAAUUUUCCACUGAUUAUUGUGCGUCAUCUCUUUCUUAGAAUUAUGGAUUCACCGGUUGUUAAUGUUCAGUAUGGUGUUUAUCCGAUUAUUCAGUCAAGUGAGAAACCGGAAAGGACUUUGAUUCCUGUUAAAGCGCUUGAUCCAAGUAUUCGUGAGACAAUUGUUUGGUUACGAGGACGAGUUCACACCAUCAGGUCAAAGGGUAAACAGUGUUUCUUUGUCCUUCGCCAGCAAUCAUAUACUAUUCAAUGUUUACUCUCAGUUUCGGAUUCUGUUGAUAAGUCAAUGUUGAAAUUUGUCUCUGGCAUUUCUCGAGAAUCGCUGGUUGAUGUUGAAGGGAUCGUUAAAAAAGCACCUAAACCAGUUGAAAGUUGCUCUCAAUCGGAGGUUGAAAUUUCGGUACACAAGGUAUUCGUUGUCAGUGAAUCAGAAGCCAGGUUACCAUUACAAAUAGAAGAUGCUUCUAGACCUGAAGGUGGUGGUGAUGAAAAUGGACCUGAUAUUUUGGUUAAUCAAGAUACUCGACUUGAUAAUCGAGUUAUUGACCUACGAACACCAACCAAUUUGGCCAUAUUUCGUAUAGAAUCAGGUUUAUGUCAACUUUUCCGUGAGACCUUAUCACGAGAGGGAUUCAUUGAGAUCCAUACACCAAAAAUUAUCGCCGCUGCCAGUGAGGGUGGUGCCAAUGUCUUUGAAGUGUCUUACUUCAAGGGGAAAGCUUAUUUGGCCCAAUCGCCUCAAUUGUAUAAACAAAUGGCCAUUGCCGCUGAUUUUGAUCGGGUUUUCACAAUUGGUGCUGUUUUCCGUGCAGAAGAUUCAAAUACCCAUCGACAUAUGACAGAAUUUGUUGGAGUCGAUCUAGAGAUGGCUUUUAAUUAUCAUUAUCAUGAAGUUCUCGAUGUACUUGAUCGUCUAUUUGUGGCCAUUUUCAAGGGAUUGUCCAUUUUGUACAAGGAAGAAAUUGAGAUUGUCCGUCGACAAUAUCAUUCGGAGCCAUUUAAAUUUUUAGAACCAAGUUUACGUCUUGAUUUUCCCGAAGUGGUUCAAUUAUUACGUGAGGCUGGUGUAGAAAUGGACGAUGAAGAUGAUUUGACAACCGCUAAUGAAAAGUUACUCGGAAAGUUAAUCAAAGCCAAAUACGAUACUGAUUUUUUCAUCGUUGAUAAAUUUCCCUUCAAAAUCCGACCCUUUUACACUAUGCCCGAUCCAACCAAUUCUAAAUAUUCAAAUUCUUAUGAUUUCUUCAUGAGAGGUGAGGAAAUUAUGUCUGGAGCUCAACGUGUUCACGAUCCAAAACUUUUGAUGAAACAAAUUGCAGCUCAUGGAAUAGAUCCACAGAAGAUGCAAAGUUAUAUUGAUGCUUUUAGAUUCGGUUGUCCACCUCAUGCCGGCGGCGGAAUUGGUCUUGAAAGAGUUACAAUGCUUUUCCUUGGUUUGGACAAUAUUCGUAAAGUUAGUCUGUUCCCUCGAGAUCCAAAGAGAUUGACUCCUUAAAGAAAGAAAAAGAAAAUUAAAAUGAACUGAUCAAUUUCGUUCGUUAAUAUUUAUACAGAGAAUUGAAGAUCUAUUAAAAACGAAAGUAUAACGGGAAAAGGUGACAUGAUUUUCGUUAGAAAUGUUUUAACUUUUCAAUCGAA